AAAUAAAAAAAUAUUUUUCAAUUAUGGUUCAAAAAGACGAUAAAGACAACAAAACUAAAAAACAAAAUAAAAAGGAAGAAGAAUUUGAUAAGGAGUUAAUUUCAAAAAAUCCAAAUCUUGAAAUUGCCCAGCUUUUCUUUUUAAUGGGGCAAAAGAAUGAUUCUUCUACUUGGCUGGCUUUACUUGAACAUGUCAAAAAGGAUGAAAUGGCACCGUUUUAUGAAUAUAUGUGUACUUCUUUGAAAAUUCCAAUUGACCAAGCUUUGUUGGAUAAACUUAAAGAACAAAAUGCGAAACGUUUGGAUGAAAUAAAUAAACAAUUGGAAGAUGCUGAGAAAAAUUUGGGGGAGAGCGAAGUUCGUCAAGCUUGGUUAGCCAAAUCUGAAUAUUUGUGCCAAAUUGGUGAUAAAGAAAAUUCAGUUGCUGCUUUUAACAAAACUUUUGAAAAAACUGUUGGGGUUGGCUACAGAAUUGAUUUGGUUUUUAAUUUAAUUCGUAUUGGACUUUUCUUUAUGGAUCAUCAAUUAAUUACCGAAAAUAUUGAAAAAGCGAAAGAAUUAAUGGAAAAGGGAGGGGAUUGGGACAGAAAAAAUCGUUUACGUUCAUACCAAGGGCUUUAUUUAAUGGCCAUUAGAGAUAUGAAAGGAGCUGCUGAUCUAUUUCUCGAAGCCGUCCCAACAUUUGGUGCUUAUGAAUUAAUGAAUUAUGAAGAAUUAAUUUUUUAUGCUGUUAUAACUUCUGUUUGCGCAUUGGAUCGUCCUGAUUUGAAAACAAAAGUUGUUAAUUGUAGUGAAAUACAGCAACAGUUAAAUGCAGAAAUUGGCCAGAACAAUGCAAAUUUACCAAUCGCCAAAGAAUUACUUUAUACUUUCUACAAUUGUGAUUAUAGUAAUUUUAUGAUUGCACUUGGAAAACUUGAACGGGAUUUUCUUGUUAAAGAUCGUUAUUUACAAUUACAUUGCCGUUAUUUUACAAGAACUUUGCGUAUUAAGGCUUAUCAACAAUUUUUGACUCCAUACAAAACGGUUAGUUUGGACGUAAUGGCAAAAAGUUUUGGUGUUAGUAAAGAAUAUUUGGACCAACAAUUAUUUAAUUUUAUUUCUUCUGGAAAACUCAGUUGUCGAAUUGACGCGUGUAAAGGAAUUAUUGAAACCGCCCAAACUGACCAAAAGAAUUUGUUUUACAAAAAAGUUAUUCAUGAUGGAGAUAUAUUGCUUAAUAAAGUUCAAAAACUUUCUCGAAUUAUUAAUUAA